CUCUCUCUCUUUCUCUCUCUCUCUGACUUGCAGAAGGACCGAAAGACGCCUCUGGGGACAGGAAAGAUGGGGACGCUGGGAAAAGCGAUCUACACCGUUGGAUUCUGGAUUCGGGAGACCGGGCAAGCCCUUGAUCGCCUCGGCUGCCGCCUCCAAGGCAACUACUACUUCCAAGAGCAAUUGUCAAGGCAUCGGACACUCAUGAACAUAUUUGACAAAGCACCUGUUGUUGAUAAGGAUGCUUUUGUGGCUCCUAGUGCAUCUGUCAUUGGAGAUGUUCAGGUGGGACGCGGAUCCUCAAUUUGGUAUGGAUGUGUUUUGAGAGGUGAUGUGAAUAGCAUCAGCGUUGGAUCUGGAACUAAUAUACAGGACAACUCCCUUGUACAUGUGGCAAAAUCCAAUCUAAGUGGGAAGGUCUUACCAACAAUUAUUGGAGACAAUGUUACUGUAGGUCAUAGUUCUGUUUUACACGGGUGCACGGUCGAGGAUGAGGCUUUUGUCGGUAUGGGUGCAACCCUGCUUGAUGGAGUUGUUGUGGAGAAACAUGGGAUGGUUGCUGCUGGAGCCCUCGUGAGGCAGAAUACCAGGAUUCCAUGUGGGGAGGUAUGGGGAGGUAAUCCAGCAAAGUUCCUGAGGAAGCUCACUGAAGAAGAGAGAGCUUUCAUCUCUCAGUCAGCCACAAACUACACCAACUUAGCUCAGGUGCAUGCAGCUGAGAAUGCAAAAACCUUUGAUGAGAUCGAGCUUGAAAAGUUGCUGCGCAAGAAAUUUGCUCGCCGGGAUGAGGAGUACGACUCUAUGUUGGGUGUCGUCCGUGAAGUGCCACCACAGCUGAUCCUUCCUGAUAAUGUCCUUCCAGAGAAGUCGCCCAAGGCUUCUCAAUGAAUUACCUAAGUUGAAAGAAAGAAAAUUCUCUUUCUUUUAUCAGAUCGGGGUGGUGGGAUUUUGUUUUUAUAAACGGAUGUCGCAAUAAUUUUUGGCUUCGGCCCAUGUUCUAGGAUUGAUCAUGUGUACUUCUCCGAAUCUGGGUCUCGUUUUUUCCUAUUUCAGGUUUAUCCGAAACUCAUUUGUCUUCUUUCUAGAGAAAAUGAAGCAACAUUGUUAUAGGGACUUUGACGAUGACCCACUGUAUAUGAUCUGCUUAUUAUGUGCACGACUGAAUCAUUCGUCGAACCAAAUGGUGAAAAUGGGUUUCUUCA